AGAGACUCAAAUAGUCUUUUCUUUUUCAUCUAGAGAGAGAGAGAGAGCAAAAACUGAUGAAACAUGCUCCUCAAUUCGGCUUAUCCCUCUCUUAAACCCCCGCAGCAAAACCACUUCUGGUUUCACAUUCCAAAAACCGCUGUCCCCAAAACCACCUCUCUUUCUCUUCCCUCUCCAACUAAAACCAACACCCAAAAUCGUUUUCCUCAACAAACAUUGGCGGUUUCGGCAACCCAACAAAACCACUCUGUAACAGUAGUUUCAAUUGUUGGUGAUGGGAGCUUUAGCCCUAUCAAGAGCACACCUUGGGAGCAAGUCAUGCUACACACUGCAGAUAGACUCAAAUGGGUUGAUGAAGGCUAUGAAAUGCUUGUAUUCACAGACAAAUUGCUAACGUGUAAAGAUCAAGAAUCAAAUAAUUCAGACAUUAAUAAAGCCUUACUCCAGGCAAACAUCUUGGUUAUUGUUGGUAUUCAAAACCAAGCAUCAAUAGAUUGGCUUCUAAAGAACACCAAAACAAUCCCAAAUGUUGUUUGCUUUGAUUCAUUUCCUCUCCUCACAAACAAGCUUGGAGGCUUACAAGUUCCAAGCACAGUUGCAGGAAACUUGGCAGAAAAAAUUGCCGGGAAAUUUCUCAAUGGAAGAUCCAAUGAGGCUAUAGAUACCGCUAAAACUAUUUCCAAGGCAUGGAAUCGUUACAAUUCAGAUGACAUAAGAUUCGUUAUCUUGGUCAUUAUCAAUGGCUAUGUUAGGCCUGUCCCCAUAUUGCAAGGUCUUAGAGCAAAGGGGUUUUCGACCCUCAAAUGUAUGGCUAAGAAUUGUAGAGCUGAAAUCUUGGGUUGUUUAUUGGACUCAAAUUGUCGAAAAGCUUUGCAAUGCUUGAAUACUUGUGACCCAACGGACCAAGUGUGCAGUUAUAUGUGCAUAGCCUCCUAUGAAAGCCCCAAAUUAGAGGCUUUUUCUCUCUGUGCUUUGCAAAAGCAUAAUUGCUUGGAUUUAAGUGCUGAAAUUCCUGAGAAACCGAUAGUUUUUCCUCUUCGUGAGUUUAGAGGGGAGAAGCUGUCUCAUGAAGUUGCUGAAGAUCUGUUUGUUGGGUGUUUGGGGAGCUUCGAAUGGAGUUGGAGGGUAGCAGCUGGUCAAAAUCCGGCCUACGAUCAAUUCCCAUGCCAAUAUCAAUUGUUUUAUAGAGGCAAAGCAAGAGGAUCGUUUUGGUAUGAGCCAGUAUUCCAGGUGAGAACACUUGAUGGGGAGAUGGUAUGGAGGAGACGACGAUACCGAGUUCGGAGGGGUGAUACUCCCGGAACAUUUUUCUUCAGUGUAUCAGAUAAUGGUGUGGUCUCAAAAGAAUUCUGGACAAUCAUAGACGUUUGUGACGAUCUUAGAUGGGGCCUUUUCCAUUACAAAGGGGCAGCGCAAGCAUCUGGUCAAUCUUAUAUAGGGGCUGUUCUAGUAACCCCAGAUGGUAGAUAUCCUAGUGAGAAUGGUGGCCAAAGACUAGCCAACGCACUAGAGAGAUGCUAUGUUAAGGAAUGGGAGCUGUAUAAUGUUGAUAAUGGUUGUUGUCCACUGCCUCCUCUUGGAUUGCCUCAAGGAUCGAGCCUGCACCAAAAGCUCAACCCAGCAUUUUCGGGUUCGUGAUGUGCUAACACUAAGAGAAUUGGGUGUGGUUCCUUGUUUACUAUGCUCAAUUGGGUUCUUGUUUCUCUCUACACACAGUUAUAUGGCUUGUCCACACACACAGUAAUAUGGCUUGUCCACACACACAGUAAUAUGGCUUGUCCAUUAACCCUUCUAGGCCUGCCUUAAGGAUCACGCCUGCACCACUCAGUUGGAUUAGACUUCUUGGCAAUCUCUCUC